CUUUGAUGUCAUCAAAUUGCAUUAUAAACAAUAAUCAGCUGACCAGAUAAUUUUCGGGCAUUCCUUGCGCAUAAGAGACAUAUGUAGCUUUCAUCCUAAAGUGUUUGCUUUUUUGACAAUAUAGAAAUAAAAUGACGUCAUUAGACCAAAAUAUUUUCCUCAGCUGAAUAGCAAUUGGUCUAAUUGAAGCUGAGAAAAGGGAUUACGUCAUCUUAACGCCUCUUCAUUGGGUGUAUCUGAAUGACGUCAUGAAAAUACAUUUGAGUGCUUAUACAAUUGUAGAGUACAACUUUUCUUGCUUCUCAACAUUACGGUUUUGUUCGGCGGACGAUGGGUGGGCGUUUUGGUUGUCUGCCUUGCGAGCAUUUUUCGGAUAUUAUUUAUUUCAUUUCACAUUAUUAAGGUCAUAACCAUUUCUGAAGAAAAGAGGACCUUAUCUUUAGAUUCCAGUGCCUUGUGUUUUGUUUCCUCAUUUCAAUUUACUUCUAAAAAUGAAACCAGGAUUUUAUUCUGUUGAGUUGAAUAAAACUAGAUGGGAAAUUCCCUUACGAUACAAGGAACUCACCCCAGUUGGAACGGGUGCCUAUGGACAAGUAUGUGGCGCACUGGACACCCUCACCAACACCAAGGUGGCCAUCAAGAAGCUGGCGCGUCCGUUCGACACGGUGGUGCACGGCAAGCGGACGUACCGUGAGCUGCGGCUGCUGCGACACAUGAAACACGACAAUGUCAUCGGUCUGCUCGACUGCUUCCAUCCAAACACAUCGUACGAGACAUUCAAGGACGUGUACUUUGUCACCGACCUGAUGGGCGCCGACCUGAACAACAUCCUCAAGACGCAGUCACUCACCGACGAGCACGUGCAGUUCCUGGUGUACCAGAUCCUGCGCGGGCUCAAGUACAUCCACUCGGCGGGGAUCAUCCACCGGGACCUGAAACCGAGUAACCUGGCAGUAAACGAGGACUGCGAGCUCAAGAUCCUGGACUUUGGCCUGGCGCGGCCCACCGAGCACGAGAUGACCGGCUACGUGGCGACUCGCUGGUACCGCGCGCCCGAGAUUAUGCUCAACUGGAUGCACUACAACCAGACCGUGGACAUCUGGUCGGUGGGCUGUAUCAUGGCAGAGCUGCUCACCAGGAAGACCCUGUUCCCGGGCACGGACCAUAUCGAUCAGCUCACCAGAAUCCUUUUCUUUUGCGGAACUCCGGAAGAGUCUACGCUGGAAAAGAUUACCAGUGACGAGGCUCGCGCCUACAUCCGCUCCCUGCCGCCGAUGAAGGCAAAGGACUUCAAGCAGUUCUUCCGCGGGGCGAACCCCCUGGCGAUCGACCUGUUGGAGAAGAUGCUGCAGCUGGACGCCGACCUGCGGCCGACGGCCGAGGAGGCGCUGGCACACCCGUACCUGUCUCAAUACUCGGACCCUUCCGACGAGCCCACGUCGCCGCUCUUCGAUGAGGGCUUCGAGAUGGUGCAGCUGCCCACCGAGCACUGGCGCCAACUGGUGUAUGAUGAGAUUGAGGACUGGGGGAAGAAGCAACAGGCGGCCAAGUGAGCCGCGGCUGGGCCGGCUGAUCGCGUCUGAGGAGGCCGCUGCCGCCAGGGGAGGGCCGACAGCCCGCCGGCUGCCGUGAGGGGACUGUCAGCUCACCGACUGCCGUCACCCUGCGCGCCGUUCGGCGGCGGACAGUAAUUGAGCGGGGCGGUGUCCGGCUCUCCGGAGCCCAGCCGCUGCCGCCACGUGCCAUUGGUGCUCAUCUAGCCGACUGGGCCGGUUUUCUGUGAGCGGCGCUGCCCGCCGCGCCGCGAUACCGAGAUGUGGAGAGUGCCGGAGAGUCCCCGCGGCGCCGGCCACCGCGGCCCGCCCGGACAGUGAUAGCGGUAAGGUGGGGAGUGUGGCUCCCAGCGCGUGCUGAGACCGGUGCUCCGACUGUGAGAGACGUGCCUGCUAGUGUGUGUGUUCGGGGCGCGUCUGUGCCCGGCGCCGAUAACUGGACGGUGACGCCGGUUCUCGACAGGCUAGUUCGGACUGCUCGCGGGCCGUGCAGGUGGCGUUACCGUCUCUGCGAAAGGGCGUAGAUGAUGAUGUGCCCGUCUGCUCCGCCGCCCCCGACUACCCAGCCCCGCCAGUUACCGAUAACCAGCCCCUGGUGCCAAUCAACGAGGCACGCGCGCUAUUGCCACCUAAUCCUUCCGCCACGGAUCCUACCGCCUCGAUAUUUUCGGCUUUUACUUUACUGUGGCCGAUUUUCUUCUUGACCUUGCUUUGUAAUGUACUGGCAGAAUGCGGCCUUUGCCCGACUCCAGAAUGCCCCUUUUAGGAAUCUGCUUAUUGCAUAUAUCAAUUGUUGGUUGAAUUGUUGAUUUAUUUGUAUAUAUUUACUAAUAAUUAUUUUUGAACGACUGUAAUUUGGGCGGCUUUGCCCUGCUGCAAUGCGUGUUUUUCAGCACCCGAAAUUGUAGCCUGCCUUUGGACAGCAGUGUAUAUCACUGGCACGUCGUGAGUCGGUGCGUCACUCGUGAUGAAAUAAAUACGCACAUUUGUAA